UAGAAGAAAGAGCAGGUCAGGUUUCUACUCCAUAUUCCUUGGUUUUCGUUGAAAAACAUUCAAAUCACAAACUUUCGAUUCCGUUGCAGUCAGGUCUGUCAGAAUGAAUACCAGCCACCGCAGCUCACUCGGCGGGACGUUUUCUGGUCCCCGGCAGCUGCAGGAAAGCAACCGUCUGCGAUGCGAGACCGAUGUGGAAGCGCAUUUCUGCUCUCCCGCGGGUGGAGCUGCUGCAAGAGCAACUCCUACCGCUGGCCCUACUGUCUCAACAAGGACCGGCAGCGAAAAUCCGAAUGCCAGCAAAGAAGCAGGUGACGACAGCGCUCCUCGUCCUCCUAGCAACGCCUUACUUCGGACCUACGCACCCGCCGAACUAGCGACGUAUUGGACGCGGCAGCGGUUGUUUAGUAGCUUGAUCAGGCGGUUGCAGACCGGGGGAAGAGAAACGAUCUUCUUCUGCAAUAUGCCUUCUAAUGGUCAUCAAAUUGCAGGUCGUUUGUCCUACACCGCAAAUUCAAACCCCUACAUCGCCGCACUAUCCGGCAAAAGCGGGGAUUGGCGGGCGAAUUUUCUCGGUGGAUUAGCCGCAGCGCUUUUCCCGGCGAACAGACCAAUAGACGGAGCAGCUGCAUGUGGGCGAGGGCGAUGUUCAAGUAGUAGCACGAGUGCCGCCUCAGUGUCGGCCUUUCAUCAACUCGGGCCCUCGGAACAGACAGAAGCGCCUGGAGGUGCGUCUGCUGCACCUGCACCCUUUCAACCGCUACCGCACAUUGAAAUCAGCUGUCAAGGACUGAAGGAUGAAGUAGGCAUGGGCACUAGUACAACCGCGACUGGAAAUGGAACGGCAAGCAGGACUUCGACAUCCGGCAGGACUGCUUCUGCGCCUGCCGCCGCUCAUCACAGCCAGCAGGGCGCGCAACUGGACGACUUGCUUCGCGGAUCCUACCCAGAAUCCUUCACCGAUGUGCACUCCGGGCUGUGGAAAGGCAAAGCUUUGCCGCGGAAACGGGUCGCGGUACACAGAAGAGAGGAAUUCUUGGAGGCGGUUUUGCCGAGGAUCAUUUUGGAUAAAGCUGUAGCUUCAACGAAUGAAAACGAGAACGACGAAUUUACCGGUACUAGCAGCGAUAAUUUCUACAGUGCAAUCGCUUUGCGAGUCUUCGUCACUAGUGAGGACUCCUCAGGCGUUGUCGCUACUACUCUUCCUGUGGGCAAUUCAUCAAAUCGGGCACCGACGGGGCAACAUCAACAAGCUCAGCCUCUGCGAGAUGAACCGGACUCCGCGAGAUCCCGGCAGAGGGACGCACAGCAAGAAGAACUACACCCGGGAGCUGCACCAGGGCCACAAGUUCAAGUGACGAACCGGAAGACUGGCGUGCUGACCUGUUUGUUCCUGAAUGGUAGGAAAAACGAUUUCCAAUCAGACCCGCACCUGCAAGCGCUGCUUUCCGAGCUCGCAGGCGGAGAUUGUGCUGGAAGAACAAAUAGGACCGGUCAUCUAGUACAGGGGAGAACAUCAAAAGCUGCGGCUCCCUCUACUACCUCCUCCUUUUCUUCGAUAUCCGCUCAUGUGAAAAGGAAGACAGAACUCAACCACUUCAUCGCCGAGACACUUCUGCUGACCAACGAGCAGCACGUGUCGCACCGGAACAACAGCACAAUCGGGCAGCGCGUGGCAGGAAAUUUUUCAAGUUCUUCCUCCUCGCCAGCCUCUUCGAGUGCCGAUGUUGCUGGAGUUGGUGCAGCGGCGGGAUCUUCCAAUAAAGCAGAUUUGGAUUUCACAGCGAGCUACGCCCUGGCAAGUGCCCGCUCCUCAAGGCGAUCUCUGGGGUUGUUAGCGGAUCAACAACACGGAGGCUCUUUUUCUGCUUCCGCAGAGAUGAGUUGCGGUAGUGAACAAGCUGAAGCUCCGCUCUCCUACAAGAUUCGGAUUGUGCUGGGCUGCGAAGCAGGAGACGAUCCUGCGUCCGCAACGCAUGAUGGAUCCGCUUUAAGCCGAGGGAAACUAAAUCAUUCCGAGCACCAGAAUUUCCUGUGGUGCAAAAGAAUCGCAACUUCCCUUGCCACCCUGGGCCCGGAGGCCGCUUUGCGAGACAUCACGAUCAAAAAGUGUGAUACAACGUCAACCUUGACGGCAGGGGCUACUUCUGCUUUUCGCCCGGGGAUGCCUCCAAAAAGCGGAAAUAGAGCGACCAGUACGGUCGAGGCCGCAUCGCAGAAGGAAAUAACCGCAACAGCAGGAGAACAACGGCAGGAACAAGAUGAAAACUACAAGACCAACGGUGGUACUGGUGGAGGAGCUGGAUUUUUCUCGGUUCCGGGCGUGCCAGACCGCGAACAGAUCCGGCACUUGCUGUGGUCAGCUGCCAGUCAAUACGGUGCGACGUCUAACAUUACUGUAAAUCGUGAAGAUGCCCCUACUUCUACUUCCGGUUCCGCCGUAGCUUCGUGUGGUGGAAGACACACACAUACACAUACCGCAGCUGCAGGAGGAGGUGGAGGCCCUCCCCAAAAAGCCUACCCCUUCGCGCCCACAUUAACCAGACGCCGCGCAAGCACAGUCUCCUCCCUGAACAGUGUGACGAAUAUUAAAGUAGACACCGUCGUCGCGGCCGUGGGCGCGAAAUUGCAGAAGAAGCUUGACGAGGCAAAAGCGGCUAUUCUGCUCGAGGAUGAAAAGUUGGUGCUGCAAGAGGAGAUGGAAGAGCUUCGGCUUGAUGUUCUACUACGUGGAUCAUCUUCACCACCGGGAGGUGUUGAUGCGCCAGGAGAUGAAGUGCCCGUCGCAUCAUCAGGAUUUGCACGACCAGGCGGGCCGGUUUUAAAAGUUGUCAAACAGCAGGACCAAAAAAACGCGAAACAGAUUUUGGGUGGAGACGUCAUCGGAAGCCGCGAAAAGAGGAUCAAGAGCGACUUCUCGUCACACACGCAAUCGUUCGUCUGCCACUCCAGCAAGCCAGAGCGACUAGAUAACCUUCGGGAACAAGUCGACAAGCGGCGGCGGCUUUGCGAUCAAGCGGAGCGGUUGCAUGAGGCGAUAGUGAACGGCAGUUCCGCGACGGAUGCGGAGUUCUUCCGGGCAGAGGACUUGCUGGAAGGGGACGAUAGUAAUGGAGAUCACAGACCACCGGAAGUAAAGCGGGUUGGAAUCACCGAAGACGAAGACGAGGAGCUUCAUCUUUAUCACAAUCCAACGACGCUGUCCUCUCUGGAGCGCAACGUGGACGCUCUGGACUCGCUCGUGACGAAGUGUUUGGACGAGAACAAAAGUAAAUCUACGAAAGGCGGGACCUCUCCUACUACAACCCCAGUCGUGCUCUUUCAGGAGAGGGUCGCGAAAGUCGUUGCUGCGAUGCAAGCGUGUGAACUGCGCCAGAUGAAGCAAAUGAGUUUGGAAGCAGCGGAAUACCAAGGGGCAGGCGGUGGAGGAGAUGACUUAGACUUCAUCUACAUCGGGACGAACGAUCAUCGGGAAACGACCGCAAAUUUUCGACGAGAAAAUGUUGAUCUCAACAAGAAAUGCAGCAGCUCUUGCGAAAAAUCGUCAACAUCAUACGAUAAUUGGAAAAUAUCGGUUUUUGGAGACGCGAUAAAGAAACACGACUACGUCCCGAUGGAGCUGAGACAGCAGCUGGCUGUGGUGAAUAUUUCUGGAGCAGAUGAAGAAGAAAAACUACUACAAGAAGCAAUGGACAAUAGUACCGAAACGACACCGAAUCCACAACGACAACAAGACCAAACUUUUGCAAAACCGGUCAAAACAAUUAAACGACGAUUCCUAGCACAGCAAGACCGUAAAACUUCCGACCGUGAACUUGUUCAACACCUGAUCCACCACCUCCCACCGGAUACCGGAAUUUCCGAUGCCACCUUCGCACACCUAAAAGCACCCAACUUGUCCGAACUGCACUACGCCACCGUCUUGGAGCCGGGUAGUUGGCAUAGUCUCGAACGUUUCGCGUUCGUUUGCGCCGCGCACGCGGACACGUUGGAAAGGCUGGUCAUUUCCGGAAACGGCGCGAUUGCGGAAACGUUGAAGGUCAUUCUCCCGCUUUUUGGAGAAAACUUGAAGUGUCUUGAGUUGGUGUUCGAGUUCGAGUGCCAGGUGGAGGAUUUCUGUUCAGAGUUGGAAAAGUCGAUGUUGAUGACUCUCGGAAGCAAGAAACAGCAGGUGGGAGCUCCUCUUCCGUCUGUGUUGAGUCGUGAAGGUCAUGUGAAAACCACAGUAAGAGUAAGUGUAAGACGGGGACGGGGCGCAGUACAGGGAAGUUCUAUUAAUACGAGGAGUACUAGAGCAGCGGGUGGGACCAGUGCUAGGAACUACCAGCAAACGAGAGGAGGACACGAUUUGUUGCGCACCGAUCGAGCACAAUUCCAGCUACCACCAAAGCUGAUUAUCGGCACUGUCUGCGGGCGGAAGAUAAACAAGCGACAAUACGACGAGGCAGAGCUGCUGGCGCAGCAAACUGCUGCGGGUACGAAAACAGAUUUCCACAACAUCGAUUCGCCCAGAAGCAGCUGUAAAAGUCAAGCUCAGCGUCGCACCCUCUCGCCUGCAGUGAUCGCAAAGCUGAUUCGGACGAUUUUGCACAGUCACAAAACACUAGAACAUCUUGCCGUCGACGAGUCUUUGACGAGCGAAGCGUUGCUAAGGCUCUGUCAGGAGGUUGUGCAGGUAGUAAAACUUCAGCCCAACGAAGAUAAGGGUCGUCGUACUAGCGCUGCUGGAAUACAACCCCCAGCUGCACCGAAUAAACAAAAGAAGGACGUGAAAAAGAAGACCCGCAGGGCACGCCCUGAACCUCCAUUCGCCGGAGAGCUAAGGAUUUUGGAGUUUGACCAGUCUGUCUUGAGCUUUCAAGCGGUUGGAAUGUUUUUGCGGACGAUUCUUGGCGGAGGUAGUGGCAAUAGUCAACAAGUACUAGGAGAUGGAGACCAUGACCGACAAAUUCUGUUUCCCGCACUGGAAUUCUUUCAUGUCUCCAUUCCGAAGCUGCACAACGAUGAAAACUUUGAUGCGGACGAAUUCUUCUCCGAGGACCAGGUUCAGGACAAAGUCAACACGAAAAAGGAUACAACCACCUCCGCCCUGGUGACAUCCAACCUCCCAACCUCUCUGGCUCAAUUGUGCCGGGAAGCCGCGAAGGUGAUGGCACAAGAACGGAAAAAGGAAAUCAACAUACCCGGAGUGCUGAUGUCAAUGGAAAAAAUUAUGUCGUGAUAAGAUAACCUCAUGAUAUAUUUCUUGCACUGGUGCAUUGAUUUUAUAGUAAAGGAGAAGAACAAAACACAGACGAGGAAGCUUCUGGAAGAUGCGAUAUAGAUGUCGUUCUCGGUACUGCAACCGUCCCCGCGAAAUUGAAAACUGACUACAUGGUUGUUUCGGCGCGUUGAAUUUUUGGAGAUCUGUUUGGUGAACGAAGACCCAAAGUGUCAAG